UUUGUGAUUGCUGAUGCAACAGCGAUUACGCAGACUUCUCUUUCAGGCUGGGUAUUCAGGUGAAGACGUGGAAUCAAUCGUCUACAAACUUCUAGUGGCUGCGGAUUUUAAUGUCGAAGCUGCAGAGCGUGGCAUCAUCUAUAUUGAUGAAGUUGAUAAGCUUGCAAAACAGGUUGGUUGUCAGGAGGACUGGAGGGAUGUCUCUGGAGAGGGUGUCCAGCAAGCACUGUUAAAGAUCUUUGAAGGAACAGUGAUCAAUGUGCCAAGAAAAAGAAGUCGAGAUAGCACGUCCGAUGGUUAUGUUGAGGUUGAUACGAAAAAUAUACUCUUCAUUUGUGGAGGUGCCUUCUCUGACUUGGGCAAGAUUAUCUCAGAAAGGCAUCGUCGCUCCCCUUUUGGCUUUGGAACACCACUAUGCCGUGAAUUGAGGGAUCAUGCUUUGACGAAUGCUCUUGUGGAAUCAAGCUUGCUUCACGAUAUCGAGAAUGAUGAUCUGAUUGCCUAUGGCUUGACACCGGAAUUCAUUGGGAGGUUGCCAAUAACAGUUGGCUUAACUCAUCUCACUGAAGAUCAAUUGGUUCAGGUUCUCAGGGAACCCAAGAAUGCAAUAGGAAAGCAAUACAAGAAGUUGUUCAAAAUGAAUAAUGUCAAGUUACAUAUUACUGAAAAUGCUUUGAGACUAAUAGCAAAGAAAGCAGCUGCAAGAGAAACCGGAGCGAGAGGUCUACGAUCCAUAAUGGAGGGCAUUUUGACAGAAGCAAUGUUUGAGGUAAUUCCUGAUGCAGGAGAGGGGAAAGAGAAGAUAAUUGCUGUUCUUGUUGACGAAGAAUCUGUAGGGCCAGUGUCACAGCGAGGAUGUGGAGCCAAAAUUUUCCGAGAUGAUGGAGCCCUGGAACUGUAUAUUUACCAAAAUAAUAUCAGAGUGCCUGGGCUAAUUCAUGGGCCGAAACACAAUGUCAUUUUCAGUUUCUGCCUUAUAGUAGUUCUUUCCGCCGCUAAGCUAUGGGUUUAUCAUACGUUUCAUUGUUUCUCCUCGGUAUAUGCAUGGAUUGUAUUGAUACUAUCUAAGGCAAACAUUUUUACACAAUGAAGUACAGUACGAUUU